AUGAAGAGAUGGGUUGGUGCUCACACGUGUCAUAGAGUAUUGAAUAACAGUUCAUCCAAUUCCAAGUGGAUUGCUAAGAUUGUGGCAGCUAGGAUGACAUCUUCUGAUGUAAUCAAGAUUCAUGAUAUUGUUGUUGACAUUAAGAGUAUUUACUUUGUUGGUAUAACUAUGAAUAGAGCAUGGAAGACAAAGCAAAUUUCAAAAGCUUUGGUUGAAAGUGAUGCAACCAAACAAUAUACCUUGUUAUGCAGAUACUCUGUAGAAUUAAGGAGGGUAAAUUCAUGGAACAAUUGCAAAAUUAAUGUGAUAAGGGUUGGAGCAAUAAUACAACCAAGGUUUGAGAGUUUUUACUUUUUCUUCAAUGGACUUAAGGGAUUCACCAUAUCUUGCAGACCAUUCAUUGGUGUUGAUGAAUGUCAUCUUAAGAAAAAAUAUGGAGGGAUCUUGCUUAUUGAUGUUGGGAGAGAUCCCAAUGACCAAUAUUAUCCCCUAGCUUUUGGUGUUUGUGAAACUGAAACAAAGAAGUCAUUGAGGUGGUUCCCUACUUUGCUUUUGGAGGACAUUGGCCAAGAAAAAAGAUGGGUAUUCAUAUUUGACCAUAAAAGGAAUUCUAGCUUAAGAGAAAGAGUUGAUAGGUGGAAACAUAGGAUAAUGCGUAUACCAAGACUUAAGUUAGAUAAAGAAGUAGAACUUGAUGGGAAUUGGAUUCCAAAUUGGUUUGGUGAGACAAUAUGGAAAGUUGAACGUUUUCAUACUAGACAUAGUUUCAUAGUGGACAUUUCAACAAGAACUUGCACCUGUAAUUUUUGGGAAUUAAUAAGCAUACCUUGUAGACAUGCAUUAUCUGCAUUAGGUUUUAGGAACCAAUACCCUGAAGACUUUGUGGAUGAUUACUAUUUCAAAGAAACCUAUGUGACCUUCUAUGAUUUUAAUAUAAGCCAAAUUAAUGGACAAGACAUGUGGCCAGAGGUUAACAUUGAAGAAAUGCUACCUCCAACAUACAAAAAAGGACUUGGAAUGCCAAAGAAAUUGAGGAGGAGGGAACAUGAUGAAGGCCCUAACAAGGGAAGGACACAAACAAGUUAUUGUUUCAUAAAUUAUGGUAUACAUGGCAAUAAUGCAAGAAGUUGUACUAGUCUUGUGGUUGACCCUGAAGCUCAAAAAAGAAAGAGAAAACCAAAGAAAAAUGAAACAAUUGUUGCAUCUCUAACUGCACAUGAAUCUGGUAUAAGUGGUUUACAAUUAGAUUAUAUUUUGUCUGCACAUGUUCCAAAUGUUGAACAUGUUACUCAACUAGUUGUAUCUGCAACUUCAAACAAUCCUAAACUAGUUGAGUUACUUAAACUAAUUCAAUUCUAA